GGGAGAAAAGGCUGAAUAGAACUUGGGGACAGGAUCUUGAGCGGCUUGAACGACUUGCUUGGCUUUUGUGAAGGUUGGAAGUUGCGUCUCCAAUAGGUGGAUGUGACAUAGGAUGUGACUGACACUGUAAGUGCUCUAAGGGUUUGUUUGCCGUGUGGGACAAUCCAAAGCUUUUCAGAAUUCGUUUAGGUCUAGGUGGAAUAUGGUGGGAUGGAGUUUUGCUUCAUAUGCGGCUCGUGAGCUCAAAAGCUCCUCAGUGGCAACCAGUUGCCAAGAUGCAUGUGGCCCUCGCCAUGAUGCGGAGCAUUCCAGAGUUUCGCCCGGAGGCGAGAUGCUCAGGGGGGUCGUGAUGUUACCUCUGGUGACCUUUUUCCUACUGAACUUCUUGGGUCGUGCUGUCACUGCCUUCAUGAAUCCUCUCUGCCAGUGUUCGACUCGUCGAUUCCUCUGCAGCGGCCAACGAUGUUUGCAACUCAUGGCCUUCAUCCUCUACUUUGCACAUUUGGCCACUUAGGCUGAGAGGUUUGCUAAGAUGGAGCUGCGCUGCGCAGAUAGCCCUCAUCGUCAACUUCGGGCAGAUCUUGGGUACAUCAUGCCUGCUCAGCCUCGUGUGGUCAGAGAUUCGGGAGAGCUUGCUGGUGAUGACCUUU